AUGAAAUAUGGAUGUGUCGCUGGUCUGUGCUGCAGCGGAACACGGCGAGAAGACGGUGACCUCUGCGUGCUACAGACACCCGCUACAGACACCCGCUACAGACACCCGCUACAGACACCCGCUACAGACACCCGCUACAGACACCCGCUACAGGCACCCGCUACAGGCACCCGCUACAGGCACCCGCUACAGGCACCCGCUACAGACACCCGCUACAGACACCCGCUACAGACACCCGCUACAGACACCCGCUACAGACACCCGCUACAGACACCCGCUACAGACACCCGCUACAGUCACCCGCUACAGGCACCCGCUACAGGCACCCGCUACAGACACCCGCUACAGACACCCGCUACAGACACCCGCUACAGGCACCCGCUACAGGCACCCGCUACAGGCACCCGCUACAGACACCCGCUACAGACACCCGCUACAGACACCCGCUACAGGCACCCGCUACAGGCACCCGCUACAGGCACCCGCUACAGGCACCCGCUACAGACACCCGCUACAGACACCCGCUACAGACACCCGCUACAGACACCCGCUACAGACACCCGCUACAGACACCCGCUACAGACACCGCUACAGACACCCGCUACAGACACCCGCUACAGACACCCGCUACAGACACCCGCUACAGACACCCGCUACAGACACCCGCUACAGACACCCGCUACAGACACCCUGCUACAGACACCCGCUACAGACACCCGCUACAGACACCCGCUACAGACACCCCGCUACAGACACCCCGCUACAGACACCCCGCUACAGACACCCGCUACAGACACCCGCUACAGACACCCGCUACAGACACCCGCUACAGGCACCCGCUACAGGCACCCGCUACAGGCACCCGCUACAGACACCCGCUACAGACACCCGCUACAGACACCCGCUACAGGCACCCGCUACAGGCACCCGCUACAGGCACCCGCUACAGGCACCCGCUACAGGCACCCGCUACAGACACCCGCUACAGACACCCGCUACAGGCACCCGCUACAGACACCCGCUACAGACACCCGCUACAGACACCCGCUACAGACACCCGCUACAGACACCCGCUACAGCACCCGCUACAGGCACCCGCUACAGGCACCCGCUACAGGCACCCGCUACAGGCACCCGCUACAGACACCCGCUACAGACACCCGCUACAGACACCCGCUACAGACACCCGCUACAGACACCCGCUACAGACACCCGCUACAGACACCCGCUACAGACACCCGCUACAACACCCGCUACAGGCACCCGCUACAGGCACCCGCUACAGACACCCGCUACAGACACUACCCGCUACAGACACCCGCUACAGACACCCGCUACAGGCACCCGCUACAGGCACCCGCUACAGGCACCCGCUACAGGCACCCGCUACAGACACCCGCUACAGACACCCGCUACAGGCACCCGCUACAGGCACCCGCUACAGGCACCCGCUACAGGCACCCGCUACAGACACCCGCUACAGACACCCGCUACAGACACCCGCUACAGACACCCGCUACAGACACCCGCUACAGACACCCGCUACAGACACCCGCUACAGACACCCCGCUACAGACACCCGCUACAGACACCCGCUACAGACACCCGCUACAGACACCCGCUACAGACACCCGCUACAGACGAGACACCUGCUACAGACACCCGCUACAGACACCCGCUACAGACACCCGCUACAGACACCCGCUACAGACACCCGCUACAGACACCCCGCUACAGACACCCCGCUACAGACACCCGCUACAGACACCCGCUACAGACACCCGCUACAGACACCCGCUACAGACACCCGCUGCUACAGACACCCGCUGCUACAGACACCCGCUGCUACAGACACCCGCUACAGACACCCGCUACAGGCACCCGCUACAGACACCCGCUACAGACACCCGCUACAGACACCCGCUACAGACACCCGCUCAGAACCGCUACACAGACACCCGCUACAGACACCCGCUACAGACACCCGCUACAGACACCCGCUACAGACACCCGCUACAGACACCCGCUACAGACACCCGCUACAGACACCCGCUACAGACACCCGCUACAGACACCCGCUACAGACACCCGCUACAGACACCCGCUACAUACACCCGCUACAUACACCCGCUACAGGCACCCGCUACAGGCACCCGCUACAGACACCCGCUACAGACACCCGCUACAGGCACCCGCUACAGACACCCGCUACAGACACCCGCUACAGGCACCCGCUACAGACACCCGCUACAGACACCCGCUACAGACACCCGCUACAGACACCCGCUACAGACACCCGCUACAGGCACCCGCUACAGACACCCGCUACAGACACCCGCUACAGACACCCGCUACAGACACCCGCUACAGACACCCGCUAGACACCCGCUACAGACACCCGCUACAGACACCCGCUACAGACACCCGCUACAGGCACCCGCUACAGGCACCCGCUACAGACACACCCGCUACAGGCACCCGCUACCCCUAGACACCCGCUAG